AUGCAUACCAUGUAUCUCAGUGCGGUUCUUUGUGUGAUCGUUUGCGGAUCUGUUUCUCAGGCUGGCCUGAUUGCCAGUCAUCCCGAUGAGCUGAUCGUGAGUUCUCCCCAGUAUGAGUUCCAGUAUUCCGUGCAUGACAGCCACACUGGCGAUGUGAAGGAUCAGUUUGAGCAUCGUCGUGGAGAAUAUGUGACUGGCCGUUACUCGCUCAUAGAUGCCGAUGGUCUGCGCCGCAUCGUGGACUACAGCUCGGAUCCAUUGCUGGGCUUUAUAGCGCAGGUGCGACGGGAGCCCAUUUCGAUUAUUACACAUCAUUAG